AUGAUUAACGAGACUCUUAUUUUGAAAAUAUACUACAAUAUUUGUGCUAUAUUAGGUGUAGUUCCUCAUGGUAGUCCGAGAGUGAAUUUAUUUUUCAAGUAUCCUUUGAUGACCUUCCUAGUUGCACUGGGAUUCUACGUAAUUUAUUCCAAGAUUAUAGAUUUUGACGGUUAUGAUGUGCUUUUGCUAUGUACGGAUGUGCUAUAUUUAUGUUUUAGUGCGACGCAUCUUUAUGAAUUAUAUUAUAACAAAUAUCUAUGGAAUAAAUUGUGUGUGUUACUUUUAUACUUAGAUACAACAUUUGGUAGAAUUCAUGUAUCUAAAUUGUUGAUAUUUAAGCAUUUCUCAUGUGCUGCGGCUUUAUCUUGUGUGUUAAUUGCUGAGGCGAUUACUUUUCAUUCGAUGUUAUCUUUACCAUGUACUUUAUAUCGUUUUAUAAUCGAUAUACAGAUCAUUGCUGUAACUAUUUUAAUUUUCGAAGUUUGUAAACGUAUAACAAAGGAACUGGAAACAUUUUGUGUACUGCUUGAGAACUUUGGUACAACUGAACUACUCCAUAGGAACGAAACUAUCAAUACUUUGAAAAAGUUUGGGCGUGCUUAUAUGAAUAUUUAUCUUAUAAAUGGAUACGUAAAUGAAAUAUUUGGUAAAACUAUAUUGAUAAUAAUAUUAAUUUUAUGUUUAAAACUGGUUCCUACAAUAUGUUUCUACACAACCAUUUUUUUUGUGAAUUUUCCUGUAAAUAUUAUAUUCGUCAUUGAUAGCUCUUAUUUGGGAACUUAUAUAAUACUUGUGGUUUUGCUGGUUAUAGCAGGAGACAGAAUUGAAAACUGUGGUAAAAGAACAAUUAGAUUAUUUCACGUACUACAAGCGCAUUUACAAGAUCCAUUAACUGACAAUGAAAUUGAGGAUUUUACAGUUUUGCUGGAAAAACUUCGACCAGUUCUAGCAGCUGCAGGAUUUAUUAAUGUCAAUAGAAGAUUAUUUCCAAUUUUGUUAUCCAAUAUCACCACUUAUAUUAUAAUAAUGAUUCAAUUAAAUUUAUAUACAAUUAGUUCAUAAAAAAUGAAAAUAAUUUGUGGUAACCUCCGUUCGUUGAAUGUAGACUUAUUGACCGACGUAUUGUAAGGAAAAGUUACACUAAAACGUAAAGACAGCGACAGUAUGUUUAACAAUUUUCCCAAAACUUUUUAUGUGCGCUAGAAGGUUAUCGAUUCCUCUUGUAUUUAAUGUACCAAUUUUUCCUAUGUUAUGUCAAUCUCUUCAUUCAAAUCAUAGUUUGUUUUUUCUUAUCCCCAAUUCUCUUUAUUUGAUCUAUUCACUUUCUUCUCAAUACACCUUGAUAUCACUUUUUACUUCCAUCACUUUUCUUUUUAGUCUAUAUAAUUUUAAGGAUAUGUCCGUACCAAUUUAGUUGCUCAAACUGCAUUGUUUUUUAUUAGCCCCUGUUUUGUUAUUUGUCUUAUAUCUUUAUUUAUAAAUUUUUCCCACUCCGUUUUCCAUUGUUGUCUUCUUAGAAGUGUCAUUUCAGUUGGUUAACAAUGGCUUCGUAUUUCUUUUUUCAAUUUCAAAUUUUAAAUGUUACUAUUGGUAUCGUUAUUGUUUGUUGUUCAUCUCCAUAUUCCCAUCCUCUGUCAAUAUAGUUCCUAGGUAUUAAUAUGUCGGUACACUUUUCAGUAACUUGUCUUUGCAUUUCAUUCUAUUUGAAUUUUGAUCUUGUUUAUAAUUUAUGACUGAUUUAUAAGUUAUAUAUAUCUAGUUUACUGUCUUAUAAUCCUAUUUGGUUUCAAACUUUGGCAUAUCUCUCCACCGCUUGGAAGUGACAGGGGAAUCGUGAAAAAUCUGGUUCAUCUAUUAUCUGAACCAUGUUCUUAAUCUCAUCAGCCAAACGUUGUAUAAUUGGAGAUUCAGUGUAUUUGAAAUCAUUUCAAUUUAACAAAUUUGUAUAUUCGGAUGCAUCAAAAUUAAAAGGUACUUCAAAGCACUUAAUACUUUCAUGAGGUCUCGAUCUAUCCUAAUAUGUUUCUUGGAGUCAGUGACCAUUAUUAGAAGAAUAUUUUCUUUUUCGAGGUACCUAGUAUAUUUGAUGAUUUCCCACAUCUUUGCAAGAUGGUUUCACUUUGAUAUUUAGCGACGUACGACAUAAACCUUUAGGUAUUACAAGUUUGGCAAGAGCUUGAAGAUUUCGAAAAAAAGUUCCAUACGAGACAUAUAAACAUAGUUAACCAGUGGGAAUGAGCAGCUUUUCCUGAUUUUAUUUUUGCUAACUCUUCGGAUAAUACUUCGGUGGAUACUGCUUGACAAAUUUCGAAUAAGUACAUCUGGUCAGCACUCCCCAAUUCAAUUUAAUUUUUUUAUAAUUUGCAUUUGGAAAUUCUUCAAGCUGUUCGCCUAUUGGAGCAUAGCAUCCUCUAGGACUGUAGUCUUUCCAUUAAGAUAUUGAAAUAGGUGCCUCAGUAGUAAAGAACUUUUGCAUUGUAAAAGUUUUCUCAGCCUAGUUUUUUAUAUUUUUAUGACUCCAGAUUCACCCUGCAUAGUAUAACCGCACUACUCCCGUAAAACAAACAGCAUGAGCGUAUUAUUGGGAAUAAAGGUCAAACAAUUGAGCUGUUUGCUGUGUAAGAAUUAAACACUAUACUACUCGGUAAUUUAUAUUUGAAUUAAGUUAUUUUCGGUAAUUAAGGGCUCUGCGACUCUUUAUAUUUCAUUUUAUAAUGAAAACAAAAAUAUUUUCUUUAUGCAUUAUAUUUUAAAGCGAUAUUCGAGGUUUCGUUUUUAAGUUCCACGCUAGUAUUUAUCUCAACAUAGUAUAUUUUGAAAAACAAUAAAGCUGUAUCCAAUUAUA